AUGUCACGAGGUGAAUUUCGAACGCGAAGGGGUGGCUGGCAUAGUAGGCGCACAAGAGCAAAGACGGAAACAACAGUGGACUGUUUUAUUUGUUUUGAUGAAAUAGUUAGCAACGAGAAGUACGCGUUCGACAUGCCUUGUUGCGCAAAAUUUCUGCAUUUAAAGUGCUGGGAGACGUUGGAUACCGUGAAGAACGAAAGUGAACAUAAUGCAUCAUGUCCGAUGUGUCGGACACGGUGGAAAGGAGAUUACGAAGAGACGUGUAUUCUCUGCUUUCUGCCACUGACUUCGCAGAUGGAGUGGUGGCCAAGGUGUGCGCCAGACGAAAGACAAAGGUUCAAGCACAAAGAAAAUAGAAACGGCAAUCAUUACACAUGUCCUUUCGCCAUGUCACGAGGUGAAUUUCAAACGCGAAGGGUGCCGCAUAGUAGGCGCACAAGAGCAAAGACGGAAACAACAGUGGACUGUUUUAUUUGUUUUGAUGAAAUAGUUAGCAACGAGAAGUACGCGUUCGACAUGCCUUGUUGCGCAAAAUUUCUGCAUUUAAAGUGCUGGGAGACGUUGGAUACCGUGAAGAACGAAAGUGAACAUAAUGCAUCAUGUCCGAUGUGUCGGACACGGUGGAAAGGAGAUUACGAAGAGACGUGUAUUCUCUGCUUUCUGCCACUGACUUCGCAGAUGGAGUGGUGGCCAAG